AUGUUGAAAGACAAGUGCAUAUGUUUGAUAUGUCAAAUAACAAUAUCCACAACAAAAAAAGGUAAUCUAGGAAGACAUUUUAGAACUACGAAUUCAAAAUUUGAUAUAGAUUUCCCUCCUAAAACUGAAGUACGUAAAAAGCAAUUAGAAAAAUUAAAACUUGAAAUUGAUAAACAACAAUUGAUUUUUACUAAACCAGUUUUAAAAUCCAAAGCAGCAACAAUUGCUUCAUUUCAAAUUAGUCAUGUUUUAGCUAAGAAUAAAAAAUCAUUUCAAACCGGUGAAAUAUUAUCUCGUAAAACUGUGACUAGAAGAGUAGAAUCUAUAGGACAAAAUUUAGUUGAAAUAUUAAAACAAGACAUCAAAGAAUGUGUUUAUUUUUCACUUCAAUUCGAUGAAUCAACAGACAUAACAGAUACCGCUCAACUAUAUGGCCCCAAAAAAAGAAGUCAAGAGCGCUUAAAUCCGGAGAACGAGCUGGCCAUUGAAUAA